AUGGACAAGAUUAUUAUUUCAGAAGAGCGCUAUGGCCGAAAACUUAAUCAUUUAGAAGAUGAUGAUCUUAUCGACCGUCUUAAUAGUCGAUAUACAGUUAUGGCAUUAGUAAUGUGUAUUUUUAUAAUUACAGGAAAGAGCUAUGUUGGAGAUCCGAUCAACUGUUGGACACCAGGCAGGUUUCAAAAAAAAAAAACCUUUCUUUUACUAUUACAUUUUGUACUUUUAACUAUAGCUCAAUUUAGUGGAACACAUAAUUCUUAUACAAACAGUAUUUGUUGGUUAAAAGGAUCCUAUUAUCUACCAACAGAAGAAAUUACAAUUCCCGAUCGAUCGAAACCUAGACUCUAUCAUGUUUCUUAUUAUCAAUGGACACCAUUUAUUCUACUUGGUAUGGCUCUAUUAUUUCUUGUACCUCGAUACUUAUGGUGUUCAUUUACACGACGAGGCGGUGUCAAUAUUCAACGACUUGUAAAAGCUAUUAAAGAUCCACUAGAUCCUGAGAAAGGUGUAAAAUUAACCCAUUGUGCAUUACAAUCACAUAUUGAAACACAAAAUUCAAUACAAGGAACAAUAUGUUGUGGUGUCCGUUGUCCAAAUUUUUAUUAUAGUUAUACAGUAACAUAUUUUAGUGUUAAAAUACUUUAUAUUGUCAAUACACUUUGCCAAUUCUUUCUACUCAAUACAUUUUUAUCAUUUCAUUUUACUAGUUACGGUCCUGAAGGACUAAAUAAAUUAUUUAGUGGUGAUGAUUGGUUUGAAUCACCAAGAUUUCCUCGUGUUACUAUGUGUGAUUUUAUGAUACGACAUUUAGGUUCAAAUCAACAUUGGUAUGCCAUACAAUGCAAUUUACCAAUUAAUAUAUACAAUGAAAAGAUAUUUCUUGCUAUUUGGAUAUGGUUAAUUGUUUUAACAAUAUUGAACUUUUUAUCGAUGAUUCUUUGGAUGAUAUCAUUAGGAAGAUCACGUCGAUUAUCUACAAUUAAAAAAUAUUUGAAAAUGAGUGCAACACCUUCGAAAGAAAAAGAAAGUUUAUUGUCAUCGACAACGAUGCCAACAUAUCGAGGUCAUGGUCGAGUGGAAACAGCUCAUGGUCUUACAGAUUAUUUAAGCUUGGAUGGAUUUUUAAUAUUUGACAUAGUUGCACGUAAUACAGACGACAUUGCAGCUGGACAAAUAAUUGACCGUUUAUCUAAAACUUAUGAACCACGUGCUCGGCAUCAUAUGAGCAAUGUUUGA